AUGCCGGUGUUUUGCGGCCUCUUGGCUGUGCAGUUUGCUGUGCAGCCAUACCUCACCAGGACUUUUACAGAUGGCCUCGAUGCAGGCGCUUGUGUGGCAGCGGUGGAGGUUUUAAAGCUUCUCCUGUGCUGUCUAUGCCUCCGGCUCAGACAUGCCUCGAGUCCACCAGCUUGGAAUUGGACCGGCCUCGCAGGGGCUGCUGGCCCUGCAGUGCUUUACGUCUUCGCCAACAUGGCGGGCACCGUGGCGAGCAAAUCCAUCGAUGCUGUGACGUGCAAUGUGAUCAGUCAGACAAAGCUCCUCUUCACAGCGCUCCUCGCAGUGACCACGAAACCCAUUAGCGGGCGAAAGUGGGUCGGCAUCAUUGUGAUCCUCUUGGCCUCCGUACUUACGGCGGCCGACAGCGAUGGCCAGGCAGCACAGGCGUAUUGGAUCGGCACCGCUGCCGCCUUCGCCUCCGCCAUGGCCUCCGCCGUGGCGGCCGUGCUGGCGGAGCGCGCGCUGCUGGAGGGCCGCGAUCCGCUGGUUUACACCGCAGAGCUCUCCCUUUGGGGGCUUUUCGCCUUGCUGCUGCUGAGUCCCAAGUCCUUCGGGCAGCUGGGCCAUGCGCGGCCCGUCAGCGCCGUGCCGCUGACCACGCAGGCGCUGGGAGGCAUUUUCGUGGGUGUGGUCACGAAGCGUUUCGGUAGCCUGAACAAAUCCAUCUUGCUGGUGGUGAGCCUGCUGAUGACGGGGCUCCUCCAUGUCUUCUUGGAAGGCGCCUGGCCUUCCAGCAGCGCGGUCGCUUCAAUUCUUUUGGUGGUGUCGGGCUUGGUGAUCUACAAGGAGCUCGACCAACAACUCCCGCUUCGUUGGCAGUCAGGGGUUCGCUUUGGCACCUUGUUGGGCCGACCCUUUCAAACGGAUGCUUGGGUCAAGGAAUACGCAGGUCUUCCCUGA